AGGUGCCGCAGCAGGAAGAAGCUGGGAUCUGACUGAACAGGGGAUCUAUUACAAGUGCUCAAAUGAACCGGCAGCUUGGAAACUAGCAGCUUCCUGGGAGCUGCAAUUACAUAAGCAUAUAUUUUUAAUAUAAUAAUAAUUAAAAACCAAGUAGCCGCGGUAUGCCUGGAUCAGCUACAGCUAUCCGACAAGAGAGACUGAAGAAGACCAGUGCAAGGCCAAUUCCCCUUGGUUUAUUCACCAUUAAUGAGGAAGAUGAACAGCAAAAGAAUGGAAAUUCCAGAAGACCUAAAGCACCUGACAGCUACAAAGUGCAUGAUAAGAAAACCGCCUCCAACCGGCCCUCUGCUAUUUCAGGACAAAAUAGCAACUACUCAGGAAAUAAACCAGACCCUCCUCCCGUGCUGCGGGUUGACGACCGGCAGCGGCUGGCCCGGGAGCGGCGCGAGGAGCGGGAGAAGCAGCUAGCUGCGAGAGAAAUCAUCUGGUUAGAAAGGGAAGAGCGAGCCCGGCAGCACUAUGAAAAGCACCUGGAAGAGCGGAAGAAGAAGCUGGAAGAGCAGAGGCUGAAGGAGGAGCGGAGGAGGGCUGCUGUGGAGGAAAAGCGGAGGCAGAGACUGGAGGAAGACAAAGAACGCCAUGAAGCUGUUGUACGGCGUACAAUGGAAAGGAGCCAGAAGCCAAGACAGAAGCAUAACCGCUGGUCAUGGGGAGGCUCUCUCCAUGGGAGCCCCAGCAUCCACAGUGCAGAUCCAGACAGGCGGUCAGUUUCCACCAUGAAUCUUUCGAAACAUGUCGAUCCCGUCAUUAGCAAGCGGCUCUCCUCUUCAUCUGCAACUUUACUAAAUUCUCCAGAUAGAGCUCGCCGCCUGCAGCUCAGCCCAUGGGAGAGCAGCGUUGUUAACAGACUGCUGACGCCCACACAUGCGUUCCUGGCCAGAAGCAAAAGCGCGGCUGCCUUGUCUGGAGACCCAGCAUCUUGCAGCCCCAUCAACAUCAUGCCCUACAAAGCUGCACACUCUAGAAAUCUGACGGAUCGACCCAAAUUCUUGGUAACACCGCCAGAGGGCUCUGCGCGAAGGAGGACUGUUCAUGGCACAGUGGGCUAUAAAAGAGACAGAGAGAGAGAAAACCUCCCGUUCCAACCCACGUGUGGCAUUCGGAGGGCUCUGUCUCCAUCUCAUCCCAAAGUAAGAUCACCAGGGCCCUCCCGACUUUGGCUUCCAUCCAAGUCCUUUCCUCAUCUGCCUGGCACACCCAGACCAGCCUCCUCCUUGCCUCCCGGAUCAGUCAAAGCUACCCCUGCCCAGGUCCGGCCCCCAUCCCCUGGCAACAUCCGCCCUGUCAAGAGAGAAGUCAGAGUGGAAUCUGAGAGAAAAGAACCCGAGAAGGAACCCCAGAAAGUUGCCAGUGAGCCAUCACUUAAGGGCAGAGCACCUUUAGUGAAGGUGGAAGAAGCCACAGUUGAAGAGGGGACACCUGUCAAACCAGAGGCUGCUCCUGUUGGUUUUCUCGUUGUACCUGUUUGUACAGCUGCUUCAGCCCCAGCCGUGGCCCCCGCCGCCCCCGCUCCAGCGCCGGUCCCAGCCCCAGCCUCAGCCCCAGCAUCACCAUCCACUGUGACUGCUUGCGCUUCUCCCAAGACCUCUGCCGGCACCACCGACCCGGAAGAGGCCACGAGGCUGCUAGCUGAGAAGAGGCGGCUGGCCCGGGAGCAGAGAGAGAAGGAGGAAAGGGAGAAGAGGGAGAGGGAAGAGCUGGAAAGACAAAAGAAAGAGGAGCUGGCGCAGAAGGUGGCGGAGGAGCGGGCGCGGCGCGAGGAGGAGGCCCGCCGGCUGGAGGCCGAGCAGGCCCGGCAGCGGGAAGAGCAGCUGCGCCGGCAAGCGGAGGAGGAGCGUGAGCGGCGCGAGCGCGAGGGCGAGGAGCGCGCGCAGAAGCAGAAGGAAGAAGAAGCUCGCGUUCGGGAGGAAGCAGAGAGGGUUCGGCAGGAGCGGGAGAAGCACUUCCAGAGAGAAGAGCAGGAGCGCCUGGAAAGAAAGAAGCGACUUGAGGAGAUUAUGAAAAGAACAAGACGAACAGAACCUACAGAUAAGAAAACUGUUGAUCAGAGAAACGGAGAUAUAACCAAGGGAGCUCUCACUGGAGAAACAGUGGUAUCUGCCCUUCCGUGUCUGACAGACUCUUCAGGAAAUGGAGAACCAGUGGCCAGCCCACAUGCCGUUACCUCACACCAAUCAAAAGUGACUGUGGAGAGUACUCCCAAUUUGGAAAAACAACCAAGUGAAAAUGGAGUAUCUGUUCAGAAUGAAAAUUUUGAGGAAAUUAUAAACUUACCCAUUGGAUCUAAAUCAUCCAGAUUAGAUGUCGCCAACAGUGAGAGCCCAGAAAUUCCUUUGAAUCCAAUUUUGGCCUUUGAUGAUGAAGGGACACUUGGGCCCCUGCCUCAGGUAGAUGGUGUUCAAACACAACAGACAGCAGAAGUUAUAUGAGCAUUUCUUCUGAAGAACCAAAGCAGAAAUUUAAUAAGAAUUUCUACAAUUAAUGGAAUUCCUUCCAUGCUAUAAAGGAGCAUCCCCAUCUUCCAGUUUUCUAAAGAUUUCUUGACCAUCCUUUUGAAAAGACUUUAUUAAAGUCAGCUAAAGACAACA